AUGGUAGAUUUGCUGGCACAAAUGGUAGACCAACAGGGUCAGGGUCAUGGGAAUAAUGUCGGAAACCCUAAAAAUAAUUCGGGCAAUCACGAGGGAGUGGACCGUGCCUUAGAACGGUUCCAAAAAUUUGCACCCCCGAAAUUCAUAGGUGGAUCUAGCCCUGACGUAGCUGAGGGAUGGAUAGACCGCAUGAUGGAUAUAUUCGCUGCGCUCGGGUAUCCAGAGGAACGGCAGACCCCCUGGACUUGGGUCAAUUUCAUCCGUGAGUUUAACGAGAAGUAUUUGCCAUCGAUUAUUCAAGAAAGACGGGAAGAUGAAUUUAUCCGCCUGCGUCAAGGGCCGUUAAGUGUGGCAGAGUACGAGACACAAUUUAUCAAACUCUCUCGUUUUGCUCCAGAGUUAGUGCUAACAGACCGAAAGAGAAUUCGUCGAUUUGUCCAAGGGUUAAACGUGGAAAUACAAGAGGCACUGGCGGCUGCCCAGUUGGAUACAUUCAGCCAGACCCUGGAAAAGGCACAGCGAAUAGAGACGGCAAGGAGUCAGGUGAAAGCUUUCCGUGACCAGAAAAGAACACCAUCUGACACCUAUACCUACACUGGUGGGCAAAGCCCGAGAAACGAGCCACCUAAUAAGAGGAGUAAGGAAGCCGAUGGUACACGACCAGUGGGGACUCCGAAUCAAGGUACAAAGGGAAGAUCAAGCAGGAAAAGGGCCCCAAAGUGGUGUCACACAUGGGGAAUCAAUGUUCGGAACCAAAAGAAUAUGUGA